AUGCAGCAGCACAAGCGGCACGUACUUGAUCUCCGGCAGCUGGCGAAGCUGGCGGCCGGUCUCGAUCGAGUCGAUGAUGAUGGUGUCGUAGCUGGCCGGGUCGUGAAUGCUCACACCGGUAACGUCCUCCACCACCACUGGCUCCAGCUGCAGCUGUCUGAUGUUCUCCGUGAUGUUCUCCUUGGAUGGCUCGUCGUGCUCCGUCGCAAUGAACAGCACCUUGUGGCCCUUGAAUGGGAACAGCACCUCCAGCUGUCUGAACAGAUCGAUCUUGGCGGGCGAGACCAGAAUCGUAAAGUAGAAGUUGGACCCGUCACCGUAGUUCGAGGUGACCCAGAUCUCUCCGCCCAUGAGAUGGAUCAGCUGCUUCGAAAUCGACAGUCCCAGACCAGUACCACCGAACUUACGCGUGGUGGAACCAUCAGCCUGGCAGAACGUGUCGAAAAUCACACCCAGCUUGUCUUUCUCGAUACCAAUACCGGUGUCGCUCACACAGAACUCCAGAAGCAGCUUGUCGGUGUUGUUGAUUACCCGCGACGUCUUCUUGACGCUGACAGUGACCUUUCCGUGGCUCGUGAACUUGAUAGCGUCCAGCUGCUUCUCAAUGGCCUUCACGGCCAGUGUUUUGAGAGCACCGAAAACAGUGCCUCUCAGAGAGAAAUCGAUUUCCUCAAUGGUCAUGCGGUUCGCUUCGAUCUUGGAAAUAUCCAGAAUGUCGUCAAUGAUGGUCAACAGAGAGUUGGCAAGGUUAUGCACAAUCGACAGCAUCUCCCGCUGGUACUGCGUCAAUUGCGUCUCGAGCGUCAGUUGAGUCAUACCAAUGAUACCGUUCAUCGGCGUUCUAAUCUCGUGGGACGUGUUGGCCAGGAACUCCGACUUGGCGCGGUUAGCAAGCUCGGCAGCCUCUCUGGCAGCAGUGUUUCUUUGAAUGGACUCUCUCAGGUUCAGCACCAUCUGGUUAAUCUUGGUCUUCAAGGCAUCCAUUUCUCCCGAGGCCUCCACGGUAAUGAAUCUCGUGAAGUCUCCGUCCGUAGCGGCAGCAGUGAUCUGGGCAAACGCUCUCACUUGCGUGGUCAGGUUCGCAGCCAUGAUGUUGACGUUGGUGGUGAUUUCUUUCCAAAGCCCGUCAACGUCGUUAACCUCGGCUUGCACACCCAAUUUACCGUCAAUACCCACAUCCUUGGCCACUCUGGUGACUUCCUUGGCGAAAACUUGCAAAGAGUCCACCAUCUUAUUAAUGUCGGCAGUGACUUUGGUGGACAAGUCACCUUUGGCGACCGCAGUGGUGACGUUGGCGAUGUUUCUCACUUGAGUGGUGAGGUUCAAAGCCAUGGCGUUGACGUUGUCGGUGAGUUCGAGCCAAAUACCAGACACAUUCUCGAUUCUAGCCUGUCCACCCAAACGUCCCUCGACUCCUGUUUCUCUAGCCACCCUCGUGACUUCGAAGGCGAACUUCCGCAACUGGUCCACCAUCUUGUUGACAGUGUUUUGCAAUUGCAGGAUCUCGCCCUGGGCGAAAACGUUGGUUUUCCGAGACAAAUCUCCAGCUGCAACGGCCGAGGUGACCUCGGAGAUUUCUCUCACCUGGUUUGUCAGGUUCAGGGCCAUUGCGUUGACAUUGUCGAUGAGCGAGCGCCAAACGCCCGUGGCCUGGAUUUCCAGCGUCUUGACCUGGCCACCAAGUUUACCGUUAGCGACCUCUGUGGCUAA